AAGCUAUAAAAUACCAGAAAUCUUAUCAUAUUUCCAGAUCUUGAUCAUUUUAUACUCAGCAAAAUAAAUUUGAACUCCUUUAACUUGUAUACCGAGAGCAAACCAUAUAGCAGCCAUGGUUUUCUACGAACCUGGCGUUACUGAUCACAACCUCCCGCGGGAUCCAUUCAAAGUCAGAACCUCUAAGACUUGCCCGAUACUGGCUUUCAUUAACAGGAAUAACAGGCUUGUGUUGUACCUAGGCCUAUUGGUUGGAUUUCUACCAGAUCCAAAGAUGGCAAAGAUAACCUUGCACCAUACAGGUAUGUAUUUGUAUUUCGAUUCCCAUUGUACCAUAUGAGUUGGAUUUGUAGGUGUUAGAUAAGAAGACUGAUUCCUGAUAGCCAGUUCAAUAAUCUGACCUUUGACCCACCAUAUGUAAUGUUUUCAGCCAAUCAAACCAUUGAAAAUCUUCGAAAAGACACCACUAUCAAUGUUGAGCAGACAGGUUCAUUCGUAUGGAACAUGGCAACAUGGGAUCUUCGAGAAGCUGUAAACAUCACGUCUGAGCAAGUCGCCUACGGUGUUGAUGAGUUCGUACAAGCUGGACUAACAAAGAUUCUGUCAACAAACCUUAAACACGCUGUUCCUAUGGUAGACGAGUCGCCCAUCAGGUUCGAAUGCACGUACCAUUCUACGUUGAGAUUACCAGGAAAUCCUCCUGCAGGAACUGUCGAUAUCAUUAUUGGCAAGGUCGUAGGGGUUCAUAUCUCGGAUAAAGUUUUGACGGAUGGAUUAGUCGAUUUGAGUAAAGCUCAACCUAUUGCCAGGUGUGGUUACUAUAGCUACGCCGUGGUAAGGGAGACUUUCGAGAUGAAGCCUCUUCUCGGGAAAAUGACCUAUGGGUUAGAAGGAAAUGCAGCGAGCAAUGCGAAAGAACAUCGUGAACAGCAAGCGGGGUCGAAUAUCACACAAUGAGUGGCUUAAAAUCUAAACUUAUUAGAAACUCCUUAGAUAUAAAAUGGCCUCCAAUCCUACGUCGAGGUCCUUCUUCCAUGUGAUAAUAUUGGAUCCGAUAUAUCUUGAAUAAAAGUUGCUUAACUAAACGGACCGUAGAACCUGGACUGAAAUUUCAUUC